AUGUCUUCUGCCGUCGACAACCUUGCCGAAAACCUCAAGAAUGCCAGCAUCGAGGAUACCUCUGCUGCUAACAACGAGAGCGUUCUGGCCUCCGCAGCCGAAGGUCGUCGAUUGUACAUCGGGAAUCUCGCAUAUGCGACCACUGAGGCGGAACUCAAGCAGUUCUUUUCUGGCUACGAUGUCGAGUCGACUUCCAUCCCCGUCAACCCUCGCACCAACCGCCCCGUAGGCUAUGCCUUUGUCGAUCUCAAGUCUGCUGAAGAGGCGGAAAAGGCCAUCGAGAACCUGUCUGGCAAGGAGAUUCUCGAGCGCAAAGUCUCUGUUCAGGUUGCCCGCAAGCCUGAUCAGGCCACAACCCCUGAGGGUGCCGCCGAAGGGGCUGAUGCGGAGCGCAAGAGAUCUUCCGGACGCGGUCGUGGUGGCCGUGGCCGUGGCCGAGGUGGACGUGGCCGUGGAGGCGUAAGAGGCGCUGAGGGCGGUUCACCUGCCACUGACCUCGCAGAGAACCCUCUUCCUCUGACCGAUGUCACUGCCGAAGCCAACAAGGCUACUCCUGCAGCUGAUGCCAAAUCUCGAACUCCCCGUCCCCCCAAGCAACGCGGUCCUCCGGAAGAUGGUAUUCCAUCAACAACCAAGGUCAUGGUUGCCAACUUGCCUUACGACCUGAGCGAGGAAAAGCUCAAGGAACUCUUCGCCGCUUACCAACCCAGCUCUGCCAAGAUUGCUCUGCGUCCCAUUCCACGAUUCAUGGUCAAGAAACUUGCGGCUCGCAAUGAGCCUCGCAAGGGCCGUGGCUUUGGCUUUGUCACCCUUGCCUCGGAGGAGAUGCAGAAGAAGGCUGUUGAAGAGAUGAACGGCAAGCAGAUCGAGGGCCGCGAGAUCGCAGUCAAGGUUGCCAUCGAUAGCCCAGGAAAAGAAGAUGGUGCGGCUGAGACCACCGAAGAAAAUGGUACCAACGGCACAACCGAAGAGGUUGCUGCUGCUUAA